GUCGCGCAUGUAAUUAAUUGGGGAGGAUUCAGGAAGCCCCUGCCUUGCAUUCGGCUUCAAUCUCUCUCUCUGGUUUCACAAGCACUGCGCUAAGGUUACGCCUGGGGUUUAGAUACACGAGAAACUGAAAUCCCUUACCCUCUGACCGAUCGGUCUGCUCCCUUUCUUCUGGCUGGGUUUCCGUCUUUGGAUUUGUAUCGGCCGCAAAUAACUAUGGCUGGGAGAGAGGUUCGAGAAUAUACCAAUCUCACUGAUCCUAAAGAUAGGAAACUGGGGAAGGGGAAGGAUAGGAUAGACGACGAAGAAAUUGCCUUCCAACGCAUGGUUGCCAAGAUGCAAGAAGUUGCAGGAGAACGUGGAGGCUACCUUCAUGGGCGAGGCGCAUUGGACAGUGAUGAUCUGCUCUACCUCAAGGAGCAGAUGGAAGCUGAGGAGGAUGCAGAGCGCCUUCUACGACGAACUGAGAAGCGUGCAUUUGCUGCUUUUAAAAAGGCUGCAAGUUUAGCUGAUUCUUCACCUGCAUCAGUUCCCUUAGCCCUUCGUGUGGAGUCAAAGCCAAAGAGUGGAAUAAGACAGCAAGAUUUGCUGAAGAAGGUGGUGGAAGUCAAACCGAAGCGGCAGAGAGUUUCAAGCCCCUCCAAUGAGGACCAGACGACAAAUUCAACAGUGUGUGCGAGCGCAGAGUCUGAAACAAGAGAGGAGAAGAAAGCUUGUCCACCAUCAGGACUGGACAAAGCUGAAGAUGCCUCCGAGGAGAACCCUGUUAAAAGCUUACUUGCAGCUUAUGAAAGUUCUGAUGAUGAAGAUUAGAUGUAGAUUACAUUGAUGUUGCUGGUGCAAAAAUCGCAUAUGUUAAUCUUUUGACUGCUAAUUUUAUUUUUGAUUGCAAAAGGUAAGUAGCUGUGAAAUUUUUUGUUAUUGUGACAAAAUAGAGGGAUUCUUUGUUCAUUUAGGAGCUUUUCAACUCGAUGGACUGGAGGGCCAAUCGAUAAUCAUCUAUAAAGGUUAUUGUUUGGUUCACACAAGCACAAUUAUGUUCCUGAGUUGCUUCUUUUGACUAAACAUUGAAUCGUUAUGAACAAGUCAAA